CGCUCGGCUGCCAUGGCUGGCUUUUCUUGUCGGAUAUUAUUAAAUAUCCACUCUUUCAUUUCAUCAAUUAACAAAUCAACUACUUGCUAUUAUUUACCUUUUUCUAAGGCAAUAUCGUGUGCAUUAGCAUAUUAGAUUAAUGCAUCACUUUCUGUCUCCGACUGCGAUUCUCCAGUUCGAAAACGACUCUUGCCCCACAAAACGAGAAAACAGCAUUAGAAAAAACACCCACAACUUUUGCAUUAAAUACAUCCAAAUUUCCCUUGAAAAGCAUCCUUCAUCUUCCAUUGGAUCACGAACAGAAAGUCCUUGGAAUUCAUUUCGGGUUUGGAACUCAUUUCCUCAUCUGGGUGUUCAUCUGUUUCCCUGAAAUGGUCAAAACAUUUGUGUUUCUUUUUGCUUUUCUCUUUUCAAUGAAUCCAUAGAAACACCCUUUUGUCUUCGGAUUUGCAGAGAAGAGAGAUGAAUGUUCAGAAGUCUUGCUUGAAAGGGGAAGAAGGAAGGGGUGAUAGGAUCAGAGAAAAAGACCCACCGAAAUUAAACCAAUUGCAACUAAAACAAGUCUCUGAUUCUUUCAACCAUGUGGUCGUUGACCACAAAAGUUUCUCCUCAGAGAGAAAAAUUCGACAACCUGAAAAUAGGAAAAAACCAAGUAUUUCACUUCCGAAGCCGGUUGCUAUUUCUUCUACCAAUCCAGUCAGUGAACUGGAUUCGGCAGCCACUAAGCUACAAAAGGUCUACAAAAGCUAUAGAACAAGAAGGAAUCUGGCAGAUUGCGCUGUUGUGGUUGAGGAGCUAUGGUGGAAAGCUUUAGACUUUGCUGCUCUCAAGGUAAGCUCGGUGUCAUUCUUCAACGUUGAAAAGACAGAAACCGCUACGUCCCGUUGGUUCCGAGCUAGGACGAGAGCUGCAAAGCUUGGGAAAGGUUUAUCAAAGGAUGAGAAUGCUCAAAAAUUAGCUCUUCAACACUGGCUUGAAGCAAUUGAUCCCCGACACCGCUAUGGACAUAAUUUGCAUUUUUACUACGAUGUUUGGUUUGAUAGCAAGAGCACACAACCUUUCUUCUACUGGUUGGAUAUUGGUGAUGGGAAGAGGGUUAAUCUUGAGAAGUGCCGUAGAUCAGUUCUGCAUAAGCAAUGCAUCAAGUACCUUGGACCAAAAGAAAGGGAGGAGUACCAGGUGAUUGUGGAGAAUGGGAAGCUUGUUUACAAGCAAAGCAGAGUACCCAUCACCACAGUUGAAGAUUCCAAGUGGAUUUUUGUACUCAGCACGUCAAGAGAUUUGUAUGUGGGACAGAAGAAGAAAGGUCUCUUUCAACAUUCCAGCUUCCUGUCUGGAGGAGCUAUAACGGCUGCAGGAAGAUUAGUUGCCAUUGAUGGAAUUCUCAAGGCUAUAUGGCCAUACAGUGGUCAUUACCUCCCAACAGAGAACAAUUUUAAGGAGUUCAUUAGUUUCCUUGAAGAACAUACAGUGGACUUGACCAACGUUAAGAGGUGUUCGGUAGAUGAUGACAACUACUCGCUUAACAACACGAGCGAGGAAACAUCUGCGGCAACAUCUUCACAAGACAUGGUUGCAGAUGAUGUUGAUUUGGCAGUACCCGUCAAGUUGGUUACAACUAAUGAGCAGCAAGAAAAUCAGGGUAGCAGCAGAGAGGCAGCGUUGAUAGACAUUCCAAAGCGCUUGCUAUGCAGAUGGAGCAGUGGAGUUGGCCCCAGAAUAGGUUGUGUGAAGGAGUAUCCAGCAGAGUUGCAAGCACGAGCACUGGAGCAAGUGAACUUGUCACCAAGACCGUCACCAGGUUUCUUCGGAGGCUCGCUUCCAAUACCUUCACCACGGCCGAGCCCGAAAAUCAGGAUGUCUCCUAGGCUCUCAUAUAUGGGGAUUCCCAGCCCCAGGGUGCCUGUGAGUCUGUGACAGCGCCCAUCUAAAGCUUCUGCCUCUGGUGCCCCUAACAAAACCUCUGAUUUGUCGCAUUUUCAUGUAAAUGGAACUCAUCCUUCUUUCUGCCUGGAAUGAUUUGAGUAGUUCAUAUCUUGUUUCA